GGCGGGACAUACGCAAUGGCUGCGAAGUUGAAGUCACACAUUCAGUCGUCUUUCAAGAUGCAUGGCCUCACUCUCAGGAGUGAGGCCAGCCGCUACCUUGUGGACGUGUUGACCCCUGUGACCGAUGUACAGAGAGACUCCUGGAUGGAGAAAAUCAUUGAGAUUGUGCAGAAACAACCAUUAUCGUCAUCCAUGAUCGACCGGACAGUGUGUGAAUCAGCAGUACAGGAGUGCAAUGAUGAGCAGGAGGAUGAAGGGGACAAAGUCUUCUGUAUCAUCGAUGCUUUCUCAGUUCCAAGAUUUUCAUAUCAUCAAGAGAGGAAAAAGUUUAUUCCAGACAGCGACAUGGGAUAUUCAUCACCAGUGCUCCAUGGGAGCUCCCUGGAUAAAGCAGCACUCUUUCGGGACCGAUACACCACACUACACCAGAGGACGUUGCGUCAUGACCUAUUUACAGCGCCCGCUCUUGGUUCAGUCCCAGAAGAACAAAGUAAAAAGUUCCAGCUAAAACCUAUUGAAUAUUUAUUGGGAAGUACAGCCAAGCUGGGAGACAUCAUCAUUCUGGGGAUGCUGACUCAACUUAAAGAGGGGAAGUGGUACUUGGAGGAUCCUACCGGAGCCGUGCCCCUGGAGCUGACUAGUGCUAGUUUCCACACAGGACUUUUUACAGAGAAUUGUUUUGUGUUGGCGGAAGGGUCAUAUGAAGAUGGCACAUUUCACGUAACAGCUUUUGGCUUCCCGCCUCCUGAGCCGAGCAAAACAACAAGGGCAUACUUUGGAAAUAUUAACUUCUUUGGUGGCCCAUCUAAUGUAUGUGUUAAAGCUUCGGCGAAGCUGAGACAGAUCGAGCUUGACAACGAGGAUGCCAUGAUUGUGUUCCUGUCGGAUGUUUGGCUGGACCAUGUUAAAGUGAUGGAGAAAUUGAGAGAGCUGUUCACAGGAUAUGCAGAGUUCCCUCCAACUUGUUUUGUUUUAUGUGGCAACUUUUCUUCUGCACCCCACGGAAGUAAUCAUGUAAAACUAUUAAAAGAAUCGUUUCAUAAUCUAGCAGACCUUAUUUGUGAGUUUCCUUCAAUAAAGGAGAGUAGUCGGUUUGUGUUUGUACCCGGACCUCAGGACCCGGGACCUUCUACAAUACUGCCCAGACCAGCAAUCCCUAACUCCAUAACAGAGGAGUUACGACGCCGAGUUCCGCAAACUGUUUUCACGAGUAAUCCCUGCCGCCUGCAGUAUUGCACACAGGAAAUUGUCGUGUUUCGAGAAGACAUCGUCACCAAGAUGUGUCGGAAUUGUGUCAAGUUUCCAGCAGACGGAGAUAUCCCAACCCAUUUUGCAAAGUCCAUCAUCAGCCAGGCCCACCUGUGCCCCCUCCCGCUCCACGUCUGCCCUGUGUACUGGGCGUAUGAUAGAGGGAUGCGUCUAUACCCGCUCCCAGACGUCAUCGUGUGUGCUGACAAGUUCGACCCCUUCAACACUUCAACAGCUGACUGUACCAUCAUGAAUCCGGGUUCAUUUCCAAGAACAGACUUUGCUUUCAAAGUGUACUUUCCGGCCAGCAAGGAGAUUCAGGAUAGCAAGAUUCAGGACUAGAGGCAAACAUCAAGAUGGCAAGAUUAAAAACAAGGAGCACAUAUUAAGACUGCUUGUUCUACCAGAGUCUAUAGUCAUGUCUGCAACUUUGUUCCGAGAACAUUAAUGAAUAUUAAAGAAUGUUUCUUGCAACUUUGUAGAAUUCAAAAUGAGCAAAACAUUUCAAUUUUUAAAUUUUGUACAAUGAAACAUUUGUAAAAUAUUUUUGCAUUGUGGUCUUGAAACAAAAUUGUCCAUGGAAUGUCAUGAAAAUGCUUAUACACUCCCUUGCUUAUGAUGACAAUACUUGGAGCAGUGUGAAUCUGACCGAAUAGGGAUGGUCGGGUAGCCUAGUGGUUAAAGCGUUCGCUAGUCACACCGAGUACCCGGGUUCAAUUCCUGACAUGGGUACAUUGUGUGAAACCCAUUUCUGGUGUCCCCCGCCGUGAUAUUGCUGGAAUAUUGCUAAAAGCGGCGUAAAAUCAAACUCACUCACUCACUCUGACCAAAUAUGUUGACAGUGUGCUGUAUUUGACCCAGCAAGUACCCUGGGGGCUACAUUAAGCAUGUAAAGGGUUAUAGUGUUUUUUGAGGUUUAAUAAAUAUUGCAAAAUGGUCAAUUUGUACCCUGAACUUACUGGUACUGUCCAUUGUCAGUUGAAGAGAUAUUGGUAUUUAGAUCGUUUCAUGGUGUCUUUAAACAAGUGUAUCAUUGCUCAAGUUGGCAUCUCGUCAGUGCUUGUCAAUGUGUUUGAUAAAAAUUCAUAAGUUAAACGUUCGAAAGUGGGCAUUGUUGACCUUGACCUCUGGUGACCUAGGUAGCCUGUCAUCUUGAUGAAUAUCAUUCUGUUGAUUUAUUCCUGAUUUUGUAAUAUAAUUGUAUAUUCAAAGAGGACCGUAAGCAUUUCCUUAUUUAUCAUGGCUUUUUCAUGAUUGUUUCCGUAUCUGUCAAAACAUGGAGAACAAAAUUCAUAAUGUACCAUUUUUAUCAUAAAGUGUUAUAUGUAUAAAUAUUAAGUGUACAGAAUUAUAUUUAUGAAAUUGCUCUCUUUGGCAUGUUGCUAAAUAUUUAAACAAAUAGUUUUAAGUGCUUUGGUGAGAACAGAGGGUUGUACACACGUUAUGCUUUGUUAUUUACACUUGUACAUUGGGAUGGUCAAGUCUGUUGUAGAUGGUGUCUUGUGUAUUUCCUGGUAUUUAGUAAAGAGUGAGAAGAUAAGAUUUGUCACAACGUACAUGUUGAACAUUGUCUACUUGUCACACCCAAAAACAUUUCAGGGCAAAAAAAGAAAAAAAGAUUUUGCUUAAUUAUCAUGUUAACACACAUCUUCAAGGUAAAGGCUUGAAUUUUCAGCUCCUAUUUUACAGAGUAGACCAAACAAAUUAAGACGAAAACGGCUUUCAAUCCAAUAUACCUGAAUAUCAGUUUAUAUUUUUAUUAUCUUAAUUAUUAAAUAUUAUCUUUUAUUACUUAAUGAUAACUAGUACUUGAAAAGUAUAUGAAAUAAAUAAAUAAAUAAAUUAUUACAAAACUGUAUAUAUAUGAUUGAAGCAUUUACUUUUUCCUCAGAAUAUUAAAUUUAAUUAUUUUCACCUAUCAGUAGUCAUGCCUAAUUGUAGUGAACUGAUUGUCAUUUUUUAUCAGUCUUACAAAGAAAGAAAAGGAUAAACAAUUAAUUGAUCAGAAAUAAUUGAUGCAUUCAAUGAUGCCAUUUGGGUUAUACUGAUUGGGUAAUUCACAAGAAUAAAAUUUUUAACUGACAUGCAGAUUUUCUGCAAGGUGACCUGUUCUCGUACAAUGCAGUCUGUGCCUUGAUAGCAUCGAGAGAAGUCCGACUUGACAUUAUUCCUCGUCUGUAUUUGUGGUCGAAGAAAGUCAGCCGACAUAUUUUUGUCCCAUUUUUUGUUUCAACGUUUGUCUUACUAUUUAUAAUAUGAAUAUGGACACGGUUUUCGGACUCAGAUUUCCAUUUCCAUUCACAAACCGUAAGUUAAUGAUAUGCUUGGUGGUUAUUGAGGGGUCACACAGAUAAUAAAAGAUUAAAUUUUACUUUCAACUUCCAAGAGUGCAAUUGAUUUGCAUCUGGAAUGAACCAUUCUAUACCCACGUUGACUGUUAACUUGCAAAAGAUUACAUUUUACUUUCAACUUCCAAGAGUGCAAUUGAUUUGCAUCUGGAAUGAACCAUUCUAUACCCACGUUGACUGUUAACUUGCCAUGUAUUGCACAUGCUUGGGCUAAACCACUGGCAUUUGGGGUGUUUUGGGUCGCUUUUUCAAACCUUCAAUCUUGCACUUUUCAUUGCUUUAAUAGUCAUUGUCCAUUUUUCCAGUUUCAUAAAAGCAUCCUAUCAGUGUGACAUAGGCCUAAACAACAUGUUCUUCAACUGUUAAUUACAUUGUCAACAUACUCCGACCUAUUGACGCUUGUCGGCAUACGUUCAUGUUUGACAACCUACAUGACCCUUCAAUAAUGAUGCAGAGGAUAUUUGGGGCAUUCGGUGGAAUUGUUUUGUAUCAACUGAAGCAUUAUGGGUGGAUAAGGUUUCCUUAUAAGGGUUUUCAAGGAGUUUUUAUUUUGCAAAUAUUUGAGUAUGUGUUGUCCAUGGACAGUUUUCAGUAAGAAGGAAUUACUCCUUUUGAAGGUAGUUAAUCAGUAAUGCUUGCAACCUUGUCAUCCAAUCUGCUUCAAAUCUGCUUGCUCUUGUGUGCAUAAUUUUCAGUAGUAUAUUGUGAAAGGCAGAAGACAACUUUUGGCAACAAAUGUACGUUUCUCCAUUCUCGAGCACUGAGCUUGUCUUAAGACAUCGUCUUGUACAGGGUUGUAUACAGGUCGACUUUUAGUCAUGGGGAAAUUAUUUAUUUUAUUUCUGUACAUUACUGAAUGGAUUACUUGUCUUUAUUUUUAUUUUUUCAAUGUCUACAAAAUAAAUAAAACAACAAAUAUCA